AUGGAUCCUCUUAUCGUUUCCUAUACCGCCAUCAUAACGAUGGCCGUACUUCCAAUAGUCAUCGGAUCUUAUAGAUCAAUUCCUAGUUCCAAAAAGAAGAAGGAAACAGAGAUCAUGUCUUCGAGGGAUGCAUGGCUUGCGCCUUUGGUCGGAUCUGCGGUUUUGGUUUUGCUCUAUGUGCUUGUUAAAUACGUCUCAAAGGAAAUGAUCAAUAUAUUCAUUACUGGAUAUGUCACUUUUUUUGGAAGUGUAUGCAUUGUUCAAUUGAUCACCCCUGAACUACGCUCUCUUAUUCAGCGAUUGCUAAACAUCAAGCCCGAAGAGCCCGCUGACAGCCCCCAAGAGCCCAUCAGCUCGAAUUUUAGCACGGCUGAAAGUGCAUCUAAUGCUGAGAACAGUAGAGCCGCCUCUUCAGAAGAUCAAAGUAAAGCUACCCCCCCUGCCUCAUCUCCUCACUGUGACACCAUUUCGGUUUUGUGCCCAAUUUCACUCAAAUUGAAAAUCCGCAAGAAAGUGUUUUUUUCCCUGUCUUUUGAUAUUCUCGAUAUUUUAUCUGUAAUUCUAGUGUCCGCAUUUGCUGCAUAUUAUGUCAUCUAUAAAAACUGGAUUGCAUCCAAUGUCUAUGGCGAGGCUAUUUGCUUUGGCGCCAUUUCAUUGAUCCAUUUGGAUUCUUUCAUCACCGGUUCUGUGCUUCUUUCGGGAUUAUUUCUUUAUGAUAUUUUUUGGGUUUUCGGAACCGAUGUAAUGGUUACCGUUGCGCAGUCUUUUGAUGCCCCUUUACUUCUUCGCUUUCCUCGCAAUAUUUUCGCCUCCUCAAGUCAAUGGACUAUGUUGGGACUUGGUGAUAUCGUCGUUCCUGGAAUCUUCAUUUCCCUUUGCCUGCGUUACGAUCACGAAAAGGCUGGAAAACCAGAGUCCCAUGAUUUUGCGAAACCAUACUUUAACACUUGCCUUGUAGCCUACGUUUUGGGAUUGAUUACAACAAUCGUUGUUAUGCAUACUUUCAAAGCAGCCCAGCCAGCUCUAUUGUAUUUGUCUCCUGCCUGUGUUUUAUCAGUUAUUUUUGUCGCUAUUUUCAAGGGCGACCUGAAAAAUAUCAUCAGCUACACCUCUGGUCCCAACGAGGAGAAGAAAGCCAAGCUCGUGGAAGAGCAGCCCCCAGCCCCCAAUAACUCUUGA